AUGGAGAAAGAAGCUCUGGUGAAAGGAGAGGAAGAAGCUUUCAGGAUGAUAGAGGAGGCUAUCACAUUGAAAGAAGAAGAGGAUGAUAUUACAGUGAAAGAGGAAGAUGGGAACGAGGUUGUCAGAGUAGGAGAGGAGGAGUUGCUAUCCGUCAUUGGAGAGAGACAUGACUUUCCUGGAUCCUCUGGGAAGCCUCAACAACAUCCUGAUGCUGACGAGGCAGAGAAGAGUCUCUCCAGAUCAGAACACCAGAUGGACAACGCUAGCCCUUCCUCUCUCCCGGAGUCCCUGUGUCGUGCCUCUCCCGGUAGCACCUUACUACUGGGUAUGAAGAUGUUGUCUGUGCUGCUGGUGGACUGCAGGAAAACAACGGGGCUGAAUGGAACUGUGAGAGAAGUGAAGAAAGGAUCAGAUUUGACUCAUCGAAAAGAGGUCUACUGUAUGCAGAAUGAAGCUUUGGGGUUGAACAUUGUCGUGAAAGAAGAAGAUGAUGUUAUUGAGGAAGAACAUUUUAGAGAGGAAGAGGAUGCUAUCGCAGAAGAGGUGAAGAAGGAAGACGUUUUGAGUGUGAAAGAGGAGGAGACAGCAUAUCUGAUUAACACCAGAGAGAGACAUGACUAUUAUGGAUCCUCUGGGGAGCCUCAAAAACAUCCUGAUGCUGACGAGGCAGAGAAGAUUCUCUCCGGAUCAGAACACCAGAUGGACAACGCUAGCCCUUCCUCUCUCCCGGAGUCCCCAUGUCGUGUCUCUCCCGGUAGCACCUUACUGCUGGGUAUGAAGAGGUUGUCUGUGCUGCUGGUGGACUGCAGGAAAACAACGGGGCAGAGUGGAACUGUGAGAGGUGGAGAAGAGAAGAAAGCUUCAGAUUUGACUCAUCGAAGAGAAAGACCAGACUCAGAGGAACCAGAGCCAGGGACGUCCAAACCAGCAAGAAGACACCAGUGUUCCCAGUGUGGAAAGCGUUUUAAUGAUUUGGGGAAGCUGGAACGACACGAGAGAAUACACAGAGGGGAGAAGCCUUACCACUGCUCCCAGUGUGGAAAGGGUUGUAACGAUUUGGGGAAGCUGAAACUACAUGAGAGAAUACACACAGGGGAGAAGCCUUACCACUGUUCCCAGUGUGGAAAGAGUUUUAGCCAGGCAGGUAACAUGAAAAUACACGAGAGAAUACACACAGGGGAGAAACCUUACCGCUGCUCUCAGUGUGGCAAGUGUUUUAUCCUCUUAGGGGCCCUGAAGCAACAUGAGAUAAUACACACUGGGGAGAAGCCUUACCACUGCUCCAAGUGUGGGAAGAGUUUUAAUCGGUUACACGCCCUCAAAUAUCAUGAGCGUAUACAUACAGGGCAGAAACCUUACCACUGCUCCCAGUGUGGAAAGACGUUUAACCAUUUAGGGGAAUUCAAAAAUCAUGAGAGAAUACACACAGGAGAGAGACCUUACCACUGCUCUCAGUGUGGCAAGUGUUUUAACCUAAUAAGGUCCCUGAAACAUCACGAGAGAAUACACACAGGGGAGAAGCCUUACCACUGCUCCCAGUGUGGGAAGAGUUUUAACCAGUUAGGGAGCCUGAAAAGACACGAGAGAAUACACACAGGGGAGAAGCCUUACCACUGCUCCCAGUGUGGAAAGUGCUUCAACCAGUCAGGGGAUCUGAAAAAACAUAAGAGAAAACACACAGGAGUGUUGCCAGUGUGAAAAAAGAUUUAAACAGAAAGGUUUCUUGGGGAAAAAAAUGAGAGAAUACACACAGGGUAGAAGUUUUACAAAUGCUCAGACUGUGGGAAGACAUAUUUCUCAUCACAGUUACUUAAAAGUCAUGUGAGCAUCCACACAGGACAGAAUAAUUACUUCUCCGAGUGUGUAUAUUGAUAUUUUACAUCAAAUUGACUUAAAAUUCAUCAGAGAACAUACACAGUGCUCCAAUUAUCUUAUAUUGUUGACUGAGAAUGUGUUUACCUGUUUAUACCAGAUGAAAUGUAAUUGUACAAAGUAUACUUAAACAUAUAGUUGUAUGUUUUUAUUAGAAAAUAUGAAUUGAAUAUGGAGUCUGUCAGUUUGAAUAUAGAGUAAAUCAGCUUCCAUGUGUUUAAAUGGUCCUUUUUUAAAGUUCUGUGUGUUUAUCUGGGUGUGUCAUUCCUCCAGCACUACAGAUAAUCAAGUGAUAUUUGGAUGUGAUGCAUUUGCUCCAUUGUUUACAUUUUCAUUGUGGCCCACUGAUGAUUUAAUGACAUUAAAAUGUUCACAGUGUCUGUAAUGCAAAAUGUUAAUUGUAUGUGUCCACAUAACUGAGUAUGUGACUAACCUUGUGAAACUGUCCUAUUAUAAUCUCCUGUUCCUGGGAAUAUCAUCCUGUGUUGCAGACCAGCUGCACCUGUGCCCUUGUAUGAAUAAUGUCCCUCCCAGGAACAGGAAACUAUAAAGGUAUGUGCCCAUCACCCAAUGCUUCAGAAUUCAGGCUGUCUACACUGCACUGUGUAACUCUGUUAUUCUCUCUGAGCUCAGAAAUAAAGAAUCUUGGUUUGA